CCACAGCUACGCGGAAGGAGGUUGUAGGGAGGCGGGGUCCGUCUCUUUCCCCAAAUAACUACUGCUAGGACAAGAGGAAGCGGCCUCAGGUUGUGCCAGGGAAAUUCAGAAACUUCAUUGGUUACAGUGAAUCCUCUGUAAAAUGGCUGCACGCCUCAGAUUGGCCGGUAGGAAAUGCGCAGUGAUCGGUGGUUCGGGAUUCUUAGGGCAGCACAUGGUGGAGCAGCUCCUGGACAAAGGCUACUCGGUCAACGUGUUUGAUAUUCGGAAGGGCUUCGAGAACGAGAAGGUGCAGUUUUUCUUGGGAGAUCUCUGCAGCAAAGAGGCCUUGCUCCCAGCUUUACAAGGAGUAUCAGUGGCAUUUCAUUGUGCAUCCCCAGCGCCUUCCAGUGACAACAGAGAACUAUUUUACAAGGUGAAUUUUAUGGGAACCAAAACAGUCAUUGAAGCCUGCAAAGAAGCUGGAGUGUCGAAGCUAGUGUUAACUAGCAGUGCCAGUGUUGUUUUUGAGGGCACAGACAUAAAAAAUGGAACAGAAGACCUCCCUUAUGCAAAAAAGCCUAUUGACUAUUACACAGAAACAAAGAUCCUCCAGGAGAAGGAAGUGCUGGGAGCAAAUGACCCAGACAACAAUUUCUUCACUACUGCUAUUCGCCCACAUGGAAUAUUUGGCCCUAGAGAUCCUCAGCUGGUUCCCAUCCUCAUCCAAGCAGCUAAAAGUGGCAAAAUGAAAUUCAUGAUUGGAGAUGGAAAGAACUUGGUAGACUUCACCUAUGUGGAAAAUGUGGUGCAUGGGCACAUUCUAGCUGCAGAGCAUCUUCAGAAAGAUUCUCCCCUAUGUGGGAAGGCAUUUCAUAUCACAAAUGAUGAACCUGUUCCUUUCUGGGCGUUCAUGUCCCGUAUCUUGACUGGCUUGAACUACGAUGCACCCAAGUACCACAUCCCUUACUGGCUGGCCUAUUACCUUGCCCUCUUCCUUUCUCUUGUGCUGUUGUUGCUAAGUCCAYUGGUCACCAUCAAGCCCACUUUUACCCCUAUGCGGGUAGCACUGGCUGGAACUUUUCACUACUACAGCUGUGAACGGGCCAAGAGAGACAUGGGCUACAAGCCAGUGGUGAGCUUGGAUGAAGCGAUAGAGAGGACUGUCCAGAGCUACCCCCACCUCCGCCRGGCUAAGGCCUGAGAAGUCCUGGGGGGAUUUUUUUCUACUUGUUUUUCCACUGAUUUGGCAGAUUAACACAGAAGCAACCUUCACUAAUUCUUUGGAAAAAGGAAUCCUCCCCAAGUCCCUCCUCAUCACAAUCAUCAAGAAAGAUCUCUCUAGAUUGAAAAAGAAACUUCCUAUAGUAGCUGUCCAGUAGUCCAGUAACUGGUUGUUCUGAAACAGGUGCUGAACCCUGUGGGCUAUGGCUGAGCAAAACACCCUGCUGUGCCCGUCUCAAUUCCAACCUAGCAAAUCAGCAUUCCUUACUCCUCUGUCUMCACCCUUGCCCUCUGUUUUGUUGCUCUGGUGAUUCCACCCACCUCUGCUCAUAGCUGCAGAUUGGGUAACAAAAAACUUACAACUAGUUCCGCUCUGUGGUUUGGCCUUUUCUAUGAAAGAGAAGCUCCUUCCAAAAAGGAGUACUGCCACCAUUUCCUUUAAAUUAUUGAAGCUGAUGUUGUUCUGGAACUGUUUUUGGAUUUCUCUCUGAUUAAUGGGUGAUUUGACUACUUUGUAAGGUAUGAGAAGAAAACCUGAAGAAUGGCAUGCUAGGCUUGUCCUUGUAAGGAAGCCUGUGCCUUUGUCUUUUG